GCCAAGAAAAUCCAAGUGGACACAUACUUGCUCCCUUUCAGUGAAGUUGAACUUUGCCAAAUAAGCCUUGAUGAAGGCGACCUUGUAGAGGCCAAGAAGCACUUAGAUGCUGCAAGUACCGCACUGAAAGUGAAAAAGAAUGGCAAUUCACUGGACGCCAACAUAGUCCAGCCAUCACCAAUUGCAUCCUGGCAUGAAGGACUCGCCGAUGCUGGAGCUCCUGACAAUGGUAACCCCUUCGAUGCGGAUUAUGACCCGAUCACUGAGGAUGCGGAUACUAUUAUCACAUUCAAAACGUCUGGUUUCCUGCAACUGUACUUCUACCAACCGUUGCCUCGUCGUUCGGGUCCUUCCGCUGUCGAUGACGAUUUCUAG